UCGAUUAUCUCUUCACAUUUGCCAAUAUUUUCCCGAGAAACAAACAAGCACUUCUCUCUUUCAACUAGAUCUUCGAAAUGGCUCGUACCAAGCAGACAGCAAGAAAAUCCACCGGAGGAAAGGCUCCAAGGAAGCAGCUGGCGACCAAGGCGGCAAGGAAGUCAGCUCCGGCCACCGGAGGAGUGAAGAAGCCACAUCGUUUCAGGCCCGGAACAGUGGCUUUGAGAGAGAUCAGGAAGUACCAGAAGAGUACCGAGCUAUUGAUCCGAAAGCUUCCAUUCCAGAGAUUGGUGAGGGAAAUCGCUCAGGAUUUCAAGACUGAUCUUCGAUUCCAGUCCAGCGCUGUGUCUGCUCUUCAAGAGGCUGCCGAGGCUUACCUGGUUGGUGUCUUCGAAGACACCAACCUCUGCGCGAUUCACGCCAAGAGGGUCACCAUCAUGCCCAAGGAUAUUCAGUUGGCUCGUAGGAUUAGAGGCGAGAGAGCUAUCUUCAAAAUGGCUCGUACCAAGCAAACAGCUAGAAAGUCGACCGGAGGAAAGGCUCCAAGGAAGCAGCUGGCGACCAAGGCGGCAAGGAAGUCAGCUCCGGCCACCGGAGGAGUGAAGAAGCCACAUCGUUUCAGGCCCGGAACUGUGGCCUUGAGAGAGAUCAGGAAGUACCAGAAGAGUACCGAGCUUUUGAUCCGUAAGCUCCCAUUCCAGAGAUUGGUGAGGGAAAUCGCUCAGGACUUCAAGACCGAUCUUCGAUUCCAGUCCAGCGCUGUGUCUGCUCUUCAAGAGGCCGCCGAGGCUUACCUGGUUGGUCUCUUCGAAGACACCAACCUCUGCGCGAUCCACGCCAAGAGGGUUACCAUCAUGCCCAAGGAUAUUCAGUUGGCUCGUAGGAUUAGAGGAGAGAGGGCUUAGGGUUUGUAGCUGAUGACGUUUCCUCUCUGUAAUUUCUUCUUUGUAUAAUGAUGUGGUGCUUCAGUGGUUCGCUGGAUUAUCUUCUCUUAAUUGUCAAAGAUUGUUGUUCUUAGUAAUGAAAACGAGUAGUCAUUGCCUCUA